AUGGAUGCUGCUUACAAGAUACUGGCAGAUUGGUUUCACCAUGGAGAUGGGAACUCUGUAACUGGAGAACCAGGCCAACAUAAUGGUCGGAAUGAUGAGAUUUUGGGUCUGUACGAGGCUGCAAGAUGUAGAGAUGAGGAGUUAGUUAGUAAGGGCUUAGAUGAUUCAGAAGCUGCUGAGAGUGAUGACCGAAAAGAAGAUGAGUUUUUGGCAAAACUCGCAGAAGCUGAGACACCAUUGUAUCCAGCGUGUGUGCACCAUAGCAAGCUUUCCGCCAUAGUUUCUCUGUUUAGGAACAAGACGCAGAAUGGGUGGUCAGAUAAGAGUUUCAAUGAGCUACUGGAAACCUUGCCAAAUAUGUUACCUGAAGACAAUGUCCUCCGCACAUCCACUUAUGACGUCAAGAAAUUCCUUAAAACCUUCGAUAUGGGGUACGAGAAGAUCCAUGCCUGCGUAAAUGACUGCUGCUUGUUCAGGAAAAAACUGAAGAAGGCCAAGGUCUGUCUAAAAUGCAAGACUUCAAGAUGGAAGACGAACAUGCACACUGGUGAAAUAAAGAAGGGAGUUCCUCAGAAAGUACUUAGGUAUUUUCCAAUCAUCCCACGCCUUAAGAGGAUGUUCAGGUCAGAGCAAACAGCCAUGGAGUCGAGAUGGCAUUUCAGUAACAAGAGAACAGACAGGAAAAUGCGCCAUCCGGUGGAGUCUGUGACAUGGAUGUCUAUGAAUGACAAGUUCCCUUCUUUCGCCGCCGAGCUGAGGAACCUGCGUCUGGGACUGUCUACUGAUGGGUUUAAUCCAUACAGCAUGAAGAACAGUGAUAUACCUCUAUUUUACAUGCUUUUUAUACUGUUUUAG